CCCAAAAUGGAAAAACCACAGAGCCACUUCAUACUCCCCCACUCCACCUCGUCGGAGCUCUCAGACUCCUCACCGGAGUCGAUGACGUCAGUCACGCUCGGCCGCGCACUCUCCUCUCUCCUCUCCGCUCGCCCCAAAAAGCUACACGACGCCGUUUCGCGGCUCUCUCCCGACUCCACCGCCUCCUCCGUCUCCGCCUCCCUCGACGACUCCCUCCGCUUCCUCCACAACUACCUAAACGACGCCGCUCGCAGAAAUCAGCCUCUCGAUGAAGUCAUCAUCCCUAUGCUCGAUCACUGGUUGAGGAACAAGGAUUCGAAGCACGGCGGCCAAGCUAUGGUGGUUUUGAACUGGCUAUUUCAAGAGGAGUUGAUUUUCCGAGCUGUUGCGGCGGCGCUGGUUCGAGUUUUGUCGACGAAGGAUGACCGGUUCGUUGUGCUCGGGUGGUGUACUUUUGUGCGUGCUGUGUUGGAGUAUGAGAGCUGUGUUACUCAAUUUUCGAUGACCGGAAUUAAGGAGAGGUAUCCUGAUUUGUUGAAGAUACUCACGUCGUGCAUUCUGCAGCUCUUAGUUGUUAUGCAGAAAGGAAGCACUUUGCAGGAUGGAUAUGAACUUCCAUCUCGCCUUGCCGUGUCUGCCGCUGAUUGUUUUCUGGCUCUCUCGGAAGCAUUGAUCAGAAAAGGUAAUGUUCCGAGUAGCAAGGCAAAGUUAUCAGAUUCAAAGGCACAAAAGCGGCCGGUUACAUUGUUGUCCGUUGAUGGUGGUGAUAAGAAAACAAAACUAGCUCCUGCCUCAAACAUGGAAUUGGACUAUGUACUUUGGGAUCAUUUAGAGGAAGUUCUUGGUCUAGUGCAGAAACUCCUUGCUUGGAGCAGAAAAAGCCGACCCUUACAUUCCAAAGGAUUGGAGCAAGUGCUUAAGUGGUUGCAGGAGAUUAAAGAACAUUAUCAGAACGUGAAAGCUGAGGCAGGCUCGAAGGUCAUCAAAACUGGAAUAGUGCUGCUAUCUUCUUGUUGGAAGCACUAUGGCAUGCUAAUGCAUUUGGAAGAUCAAAAAUUUUCCCAGCAUUACAAAGAAUUGCUAGACCAAUACUUAGCAGGCAUACAGUUUUAUGCAGGUCAGACUGAGAAUAAGGAUGGGAGUGCUGAGACCAUAAAGUUUUUUCUGAAUUGUUUAUUCCUUCUACUGGGGCGAUUUGAUAGUAAGAAAUUUGAGAGUGUAGUCUCAGAAUACGGGAUGAGGAUAUCUCAGGUUCUUUUACCACAGCUUCAUUCUGCCGCUGAUGAUGUUAUUGACGGGGUUUUAGGCAUAUUCAAAGUGUUAAUAUUUAAACAAAAAUCACCUGGAAGCAGUCUCACUGACACCGGGGAGGUGGAUGCUGUACUUCCUUUGCUGAUUCACCUUCUAGAUGAACGGGAUGGCACAGCAAGAGCUGUGGUUCUGCUUAUCGCAGAAUACUGCUUGAUGAGCAGAGACAGCCAAUGCAUUGAAGAAGUUAUUGAACGCCUUGCUUCUGCAAAUCUUCAACAAAGGAGGAAUGCAGUUGAUGUUAUAUCAAAGGUCAUACAUUUGUCGUCAGAUUCAAAGAACGUGCAUUCCCAGCUACCAUGGCAAGAUAUAGCAAAGCAAUGCCUUCUUCUACUUGAAGAUGAAGAUAUUGCGAUUCGGGAAAAAGUGUCCAGUUUGCUUCCAUUGAUUGACCCUUUAUUAGUUCUACCUGCUUUAGUUAAUCUAAUUUACUCCGGGAAUGAAAGAAUGCAAUCGACUGCCAGUGAUGCCUGUGUUGUGGUGCUCAAACAUCAUAGCCAGAAUGCUGAAGUCAUAUGUAUGCUGCUUGACUGUCUUAGCAACCUCAGCCAAAGUGUAAAUCUUAACAGUAUUGGAGAUACAGUCCCGAAAUUGGAGAGUGAUCGAGUACUUAGGCUAAUCCCAGAGUGGUCUAAAAGUGUCCAAAGCUGGAACUUCUUGAUUGAACCGUUGAUUGACAAGAUGUUUGCAGAGCCAUCAAACGCAAACAUUGUUAGGUUUUUGAGUCAUAUAAGUGAGCACUUGGCAGAAGCUUCUGAUGUAGUGAUAUCUUGUGUUCUAAAGCAUGUUAAACGACGUAAAGAGAUGGAUGACAGCAGCUUAUCUGGAUUGGAGUGUCAAACCUAUAAUAAUGAUGACUCUGGAAAAUUGCAACAGACCCUUUUUGAACACCUUUGCCCGUUGCUGGUAAUUAAGAUGCUUCCGCUGAGAGUAUUUAAUGAUCUUGAUUCAACUGUCAUGUAUGGCCGUCUUUCCAAUCAAGAAAUUAUUCAUGACUGUCGAGACAUCAAUGCCAUCAAUCAGGAUUCUGUUACGGCUCUUCUUUUGAGAAGGACCUUUUGUCAGUUUGAAUUCAAUGACGUUCGAAAACUUGCUGCCGAGCUAUGUGGGCGUAUUCAUCCUCAAGUGCUAGUUCCACUCCUCUGCUCCCAGUUAGAAUAUGCUGCUGGUUCUCAGGAUAUAAUAAAGAUUAAAGCUUGUUUGUUUGCAAUUUGCACGUCCCUUGUGGUUAGAGGGAGGGAAUCACUUUCUCAACCUGGUAUGUUGAAAAUUAGAAAAACAUUAGAGACUAUGCUAUUAUGGCCUUCUCUGGAUGGGGAUGAAGUUUCCAAAGCACAGCAUGGAUGCAUUGAUUGCAUGGCAAUAAUGAUAUGUGCUGAGCUGCAAGAUCCAGUAUCAUCCAAUGUUGGGACGAAAGUUGGUGAUGCUGUAUUGAGAAACUCUGUCAUCAUGUAUGUGAUCAACCAACUUACACAAGAGAAAGACAUACGUGUUUCGAAGUCCAACUUGGAUGAUGUGACUGAGGUGCCAAUUCCACUGUCAUUUUACCUAUGCAUGGCUAAUGUUCUCAUCAGUGCUUGCCAAAAGAUGUCCGACUCUGGCAAGAAACCUUUUGCUCGAAGAUCUCUUCCUCGCCUCAUUCGUGCCACCGAGGUGAUUACAAAGUCACAGAUAAGAGCUGCAUGCACUCAAGUUCUCUUCUCGGCUGUGUACCAUCUGAAAUCUAUAGUUCUUCCUUACUCCAUGGAUCUUCUUAAAGUCUCGUUAAAAGCUCUUCAAAAGGGAUCAGAGAAGGAAAGGAUGGUCGGUGCAAAGCUAUUGGGGUCCCUUAUGGCCAGCGACGAUGCGAUAGUACAAAGUAUAUCGCCGGGAUUAAUGGAAGCAAGAUCUGUAUUGUCGAGUCUAUCUUCGACAGAUGCUUCACCUGAAUUACGUCAAGUUAGCAGAAAGUUGCUAGCUUGCCUAACUUCUUGACAUGGUGCCUAGGAUAGGAUUAUAAACGGUGCUUGUGUUUUCUUGUCCGUUGGUGUGUGUAUAUAUAAACUGUACAGCCGCAAUCAACAUAUUUACCAAAUGCCAAUGGUAGUUAUUGUUCUUUUU